AUGAUAUUUCUUUCUCUUUUUUUCUUUCUUUACCUUUCUUUCUUUUCUUUUCCUUUCUUUUUCUUCUUUCCUUUUCCUUUCUUUCUCUUUCUUUCUCUUCUUUUCUUUUCCUUUCUUUCUCUUCUUUUCUUUUCCUUUCUUUCUCUUCCCUUCUUUCUUUCUCUUCUUUUCUUUUCCUUUCUUUUCCUUUCUUUCUCUUUCUUUACCUUCCUUUUCUAUUCUUUUCCUUUCUUUCUCUUCCUUUCUUUUCUUUCUCUUCUUUUCUUUUCCUUUCUUUCUCUUCUUUACUUUUCCUUUCUUUCUCUUUCUUUCUUUUCCUUUCUUUCUCUUUCUUUACUUUUCCUUUCUUUCUCUUUCUUUCUUUUCCUUUCUUUCUCUUUCUUUACUUUUCCUUUCUUUUCCUUUCUUUCUCUUCAUUUCUUUUCCUUUCUUUCUCUUUCUUUCUUUUCCUUUCUUUCUCUUCUUUUCUUUUCCUUUCUUUUCCUUUCUUUCUCUUUCUUUACCUUUCUUUUCUAUUCUUUUCCUUUCUUUCUCUUCUUUUCUUUUCUUUCUCUUCUUUUAUUUUCCUUUCUUUCUCUUCUUUAUUUUUCCUUUCUUUCUCUUCUUUACUUUUCCUUUCUUUCUCUUUCUUUCUUUUCCUUUCUUUCUCUUUCUUUACCUUUCUUUUCUAUUCUUUUCCUUUCUUUCUCUUCUUUUCUUUUCUUUCUCUUCUUUUCUUUUCCUUUCUUUCUCUUUCUUACUUUUCCUUUCUUUCUCUUUCUUUCUUUUCCUUCCUUUCUCUUUCUUUACCUUUCUUUUCUAUUCUUUUCCUUUCUUUCUCUUCUUUUCUUUUCUUUCUCUUCUUUUAUUUUCCUUUCUUUCUCUUCUUUAUUUUUCCUUUCUUUCUCUUCUUUACUUUUCCUUUCUUUCUCUUUCUUUCUUUUCCUUUCUUUCUCUUUCUUUAACUUUCUUUUCUAUUCUUUUCCUUUCUUUCUCUUCUUUCCUUUUCUUUCUCUUCUUUUCUUUUCCUUUCUUUCUCUUCUUUAUUUUUCCUUUCUUUCUCUUCUUUUCUUUUCCUUUCUUUCUCUUCUUUACUUUUCCUUUCUUUCUCUUCUUUUCUUUUCCUUUCUUUCUCUUCCCUUCUUUCUUUCUCUUCUUUUCUUUUCCUUUCUUUUCCUUUCUUUCUCUUUCUUUACCUUUCUUUUCUAUUCUUUUCCUUUCUUUCUCUUCUUUUCCUUUCUUUCUCUUCUUUUCUUUUCCUUUCUUUCUCUUCCCUUCUUUCUUUCUCUUCUUUUCUUUUCCUUUCUUUUCCUUUCUUUCUCUUUCUUUCUCUUCCUUUCUUUCUUUACCUUUCUUUUCUAUUCUUUUCCUUUCUUUCUCUUCUUUUCUUUUCUUUCUCUUCUUUUCUUUUCCUUUCUUUCUCUUCUUUACCUUUCCUUUCUUUCUCUUUCUUUCUUUUCCUUUCUUUCUCUUUCUUUCUUUUACUUUUUCUCUUCUUUACUUUUCUUUACUUUUCCUUUCUUUUUUUCUAUUCUUUUCCUUUGUUUCUCUUUCUUUCUUUUCCUUUCUUUUUCUUUCUUUUCCUUUCUUCUACUUCUUUUCUUUUCUUUCCCUUUAUUUCUUUUACUUUAUUUCACUUCUUUUCUUUUUCUUUUUUCUCUUUCUUUUACUUUCUUUCUCGUCUUUUUUCCUUUCUUUCUCUUUCUUUCUUUUACUUUCUUUCUCUUCUUUUAUUUUCCUUUCUUUCGCUUUCUUUUACUUUCUUUCUCUUUCUUCUCUGCCAUUAGUUUUAAUUAUCCCUUUUUUUCUUUCUGA